AUGAGCGGGACGGAUUAUUCGUAUGAUGAACAGGGUCAAUUCUUUCCUAUCUUCAUCCUCACGAUCGUUGGCAUAGUCACAUUGCCUCUGACAUACAGUGUCCUCAAGCCCAGUUCAGACCCUGGCGCCACUGCACCACGAAUUCAGUCAGACUACCGGCCCAAGAAUGCGGAUCUGGUAGACGCUCAAAGAAAGGCGCAGAGGAGGAAGGAUAGGAGAUUGAAGCGCGUUAUCACCGUAAUGAUUGGAUGGAGCGUCAUGGCGCUGAUGGCAUAUUUGAUUUUCGUUACUGCGCGAACAAUCCCAAAAGUCUGGAAUCCAUACGAUAUUUUAGGUAUUUCUGAAUCUGCAUCAGAGAAGGAAAUCAAGUCUCAUUAUAAGCGCCUUUCAUUGAAGUUCCACCCCGAUAAAAUUCGCCCCGACCCAGCGAAAAACGAAACCAUCGAGUCCUUGAACGACUACUUUGUCGAUCUUACCAAGGCAUACAAAGCUCUGACGGAUGAGGAUAUUCGAAAUAAUUUUAUUCAAUUUGGUCACCCUGAUGGAAAGCAGAGUUUUAGCAUCGGCAUUGCGCUCCCAAAUUUCAUCAUCGCGGACGGGAAUGGAAAAUACGUGAUUUUAGUCUAUGCCGCGUUACUGGGUGUAUUAUUGCCAUAUCUUGUUGGAAGUUGGUGGUAUGGAACUCAACGAAUGUCUAAGGAGAAGGUCUUGAUCGAAAGCGCGAACAACUUGUUCCGAGAAUAUGAAGAAGACAUUACGGAGGGCGGUGUUGUUGGUGCUUUGAGUACAGGUCUCGAAUUCGAGGCUGCAUUGAAGGGGGAGAAGGCAGAAUCUGGUCUUGGAAAGCUGGAAUCUAGGAUCCUGGCCCCAGGUGCUUCGAAUGCCUAUGCUGGUGGGCUUGCAGAGAAGGACAAACUAAAACUCGAAGAUCUGGAAGGUGGUGUUCGUAGAAAGGCUCUUGCGCUUCUAUGGGCAUAUCUUGGGCGUGUCGACCUCGACGAUCCCGCACUGGAGCAGGCUAAACUGGAAGCCGCACCCAUUGCGCACGCUCUGAAUGCCUCAUUUGGUGCUAUUUCCCUCGCAUUUGGUGUCACUGCGCCAAUCAUCUCUUCGUACAAGACCGCCCAGAAUUUGAUUCAGGCUGUUCCUCCUGGGGCUUCCCCGUUGUUACAGCUUCCUCACAUCACGCCAGCGAUUGCCCAAGCUAUCGAAGGCGACUCUAGAACCCACUUGACUUUACAGGAAUACAUGAGUUUACCGGAAACAUACAGACGCAAAUUGUCUGUUGGCAAAGGCCUCUUAACCGAGGCCGAGUACAAGACAGUUGUUUCUGUGGCUACACAACUACCGCGCCUUCAAGUCGAAAAAGGAUUUUUCAAAGUUACUGGAGAAAAAUACAUCAUUCCGAGUUCCCUUGUUUCAAUGGUCGUCAAAGGCAGAUUUAUUCCUCCAGGGAGUGAAAAUAUCCCUGAAGUGAAUGAGCUGGACCUCGAGGAUAUCGACCCUGAUGAGGAGGACCUCGACGCACUUCUUGGCCGUGAAAAGAGCGGCGGUAAGGAUGGAAAGAAGCCGGAGCAAAAGCCUGUCCAACCUCCUCUGGCUUACGCUCCAUACUUUACUAAGGAUUACUCUCCACGAUGGCACGUGUUCCUUACCGACAGCAAGCAAGGCAAAGUCGCUGUCCCUCCUUUUACUUUUACGACAUUUGACCAACCUAUCUAUACGAAAGAUGGCAAGCCCACUUUCAAUAUGCAAACACUCAAAGCACAAUUUCAGGCACCUCCGCAGGCGGGUCACUACACCUUUGUUCUGCACCUAAUAUGCGAUUCGUACGUUGGCUUUGACACGAAAAUGGAAAUCACUUUGGUUGUUGAUGAGGCAAGCAAAGCGGAAGAGAUGGGUUCAGACGAUGACAUUAGCGAACCUGAUGAAGAUUCUCUUGCUGGCCAAAUGCAUGCCCUGAAAACCGGGGCCCCGCCGCCACAGAAGAAAAAGAAGGCAAAGCAAAUAGAGGAGUCAUCUGACGAAGAAAGUAAUACCGAAGGAGAAGUCGAAGACACUAGUGAGACAGAUACCGAUACAGAUGAGGAAUAA